UUUAAAUAUUGUUUAUUUCUGUUUUCAAAGCCAUUAAAACGUGCCAAUUUUGUGCCUGCGAGGGUUUGGGGAAAAGAGAUUAGCCUAGUCCCUCUUCGCAAACAUAGACGAUCUUCGGCACGUUUCGGAAAAAAAAACGUUUCCCGGCAGAGAGUUCAGGUGAAAAACACUGAGACAUUUCGGGAAAGUUUCUGAUAGAAAUAUGGCAGAAAAGGAUUCAGAUUUUAGUACAGAAAUUGUAGAAACGUGUAUUUUCUGUUUGAUAGCCAACGACCAAGACAAAGAAACGGAAGUCGUUAAAAAGAACAAGGAGAUGGUGUGUUUUAAAGACAUUGACCCUGCUGCUCCACACCAUUACCUGGUAGUACCCAUAAAACACAUAGACAGCUGCUUGUCACUGCAUGGGGGACACGUCGGACUCGUUAAAAGGAUGGCUGAAAUGGGGAAAGCUGUUCUAAAGGAACAAGGGAUCACUGAUAUGAACGACAUAAGGCUGGGCUUCCACAGACCUCCCUACACUUCAAUUGAUCACCUCCACCUCCACGUGCUCGCCCCCACCAGCCAAAUCUACAGCUACCUCCAGUACAAGUUCCUUCCACAGAGCUACAGGAAGAAAGUUUCCGGAAGAGUCUAAAGAAUAAAGCUUCACCGGUCAAGGAGAAAAACCAGAAUGGGCAACAUGGAUGCAAUAUUGUUUGUCUUCCAUGUUAUGACCCUCUGCUGUGACAGCAUUAUAAACUGUCAGCAACACUAUCUGGAAACUGAACCAGUAAAUGAGAUAACAGAGCAGGCAAAUCUUGAAAGAUGUCACUGCUAUGGUCACUGAUACAUGAAAACACUGGAUGGAUCCAUCGAAUGACUCCCAACCUACAGGUUUUUUAUUAAGUUAUUUAAUUUAAGUUACUUAUACAAGUUAUUUAUUAAAAUUAAAUUACUUUUUGUGAAGAAUUGUAUGUAUUUUUGUGAACACAGAGUGUUGUUUUGGGAUUGUAGAGAGUUUCUUUUUAUUGGUACAAAAUACAUCCUGCACUGGAGCACCUACCUCCAUGUCUGAUGUGUGUAUUUAAGCUUGUGAUUAUUUGAUCAUUUUAAUAAAAUAUUUUUAAACGAA